UGAGUGAGUUCUGGUUCCGUGUUUGUUUUGAACUGCUUGAAGAACUGAAAAAUCAUGAAAUUUGGGAAGAGACUUAAACACCAAAUCCAAGAAACGUUGCCGGAGUGGCAAGAUAAGUUCCUUUCUUAUAAAGAUUUGAAGAAGCUUGUCCGGCUCAUCUCUUCUGCUCCUUCAUCUUCCUCGUUAGAGGGAGUAUCGGAGUCUAGGAAAGCCCAACUGGAUUUUAUCUAUUUGUUGAACGCUGAGAUCAACAAGUUCAAUUCCUUCUUCAUGGAUCAAGAAGAAGACUUCAUAAUCUGCCAUAAGGAGUUACAACAGAGGAUCCCAAAGGUGAUUGCCACAUGGGGACCAAAUGGUACCGAACCCUCGGAGGUGGAUUAUAUAGAAGAGAUGUGGGAAAUCAGAAGAGAUAUUGUCAAUCUCCAUGGUAAAAUGGUGCUUUUGGAGAAUUACAGCAACAUCAAUUACAUAGGGUUGGCUAAGAUUCUAAAGAAGUUUGACAAGAGGACUGGAGGUUUGCUGCGCCUACCAUUCAUUCAGAAGGUGUUGAAGCAACCUUUCUUUACAACUGAUCUUGUUUCAAAACUUGUAAAGGAGUGUGAGAACACCAUAGAUGCUAUGUUCCCUGCUGUAGAACAGGAAGGAGAGAGAAGAGAACAUAAAGGAGAAAGAGAAGAUACAAUGGUAGCUGAACAGAGCAUUUUUAGGAAUACAGUUGCUGCUUUAGUGACUAUGCAAGAGAUGAAAAGAGGGAGCUCUACUUACAGCGAAUUCUCUCUUUCUCCUCUCAACUUGGUUGACUCUGAUCUUAUUCAGUCCUUCUAACUUCACCCUCCCAUUCCCAUUCUCUAAAGGGAC